AUGGCUAAGAAUCAAUCCGUCGAUGUCCGCUCUGAUCACGGGGAGCGCGAGUUUAGUAUGAGGGACCUAAGCCCGGCAGAGGCUGUCGUUUAUGUUGUUGAUACAGUGUAG